AUGCCGACAGAACUAGAGGAGCUUGUGGACUUUAUAUCCCACGGCAACACAGAAGUGCGACAGCUUGCUGUCGAAAACCUUGUUCCAUAUUCCCUCUCGCAGCCGUCAAUUUUCAAAACCAAUGAGCUGCUCCCAAUCAAAGAUCUCAAGCUAUUAGUGAGGGAUUACAAGCAAAUAGCCAAAGAUGCCAUCACAAUUUUGAUAAAUCUGUCAACGGAUCGGGAGAUCUUGGAGGAUCUUGCCUCAGACAAGGAGUUUAUUACAUCGAUGCUAGGUCGUCUGACAAAUCCUGCAGAGCCAAAUGCGAACCUUCUAUCGAUGCUUCUAGCAAACCUCGCAAAAUGGGAUGAUCUAAAAUAUAUCCUAACUCUCGAACGCCCUGCGCCAGAAGAACUCGGCUCCAACAACAAAGCCAUCGACCAACUGCUUGACCUAUUCGUAAAAGGCGCAGAGGGAGCCUACAACAAAGCUGCCGAUUACGAUUACCUCUCAUACCUCUUCGCCGACAUAGCCAAACACGCCGAAGGUCGCCAAUAUUUCCUCACGAAACAAGAUUACGAUAGUGUCGUACCCCUCACGAAACUCACAGUCUUCACCGAACACAAAUCUGACAUACGGAGGAAAGGCGUCGCAAGCACAAUUAAAAAUGUAGCGUUUGAGAUUGAUUCACAUCCCUCGUUCCUGGCUGAGGAUGAAAUCAAUAUCCUGCCCUAUCUGCUACUGCCGAUCACGGGGAAUGAGGAAUACGACGAGGAGGACACAAUGGCCAUGCUGCCUGAUCUGCAACUUCUGCCCCCGGAUAAGCAGCGGGAUUCAGACCCUAGUAUCAUUCAAACGCAUGUGGAGACACUGAUGCUUCUGACGACGUCGAGGCAGGGGAGGGAUGUGCUUAGGGAAAUCAAGGUUUACCCAAUAAUUAGGGAGACGCAUCUGAAGGUAGAGCAUGACGGACUUAGGGAGGUGUGCGAGAGAUUUGUGCAGGUGCUAAUGAGAGAUGAGGAGGGAGAGGAGAAAGUUGACGAGGGAAUGAGGGCAUUGUCGAGAACUUCUAUGAGCAAAACUCAGGGGCAUGGGGGGCCAGGAAGCUGGGCUCAUCAGGAUGAGGAAGAAGACGACGACGAUGAUACGAUAGAAGAAGUCUAG